UACCCACACCACAAACCCUUGCAACUUCCAUUACCCCAGUCCAGAGGGGGCUAUUCCACCAUGGGGUCUACAAACAAACUAGCUAUGACUGGAGUCACUUCUAAGGCCGAGAGGGAAGCUGACUUGGUUAUGGGGACAAAUAACAGCAGUAUUGUUUCUAAACGAAGCGUCGAAAUGUUCUAUUAUCCCAAACCGCAUUUCUUUCGCUACUUUGUCAAGAAACCUCAGCGACGGUCGCCUUUGAUCAACCGCGGAUAUUGGCUGCGCAUGCAUGCGAUGGCGGAAACAGUGCGGAAAUUCAUGAGAGAGCCCUCGAAUAAACCCAAAUUUGUCCUGAAUUUGGGAUGUGGAUUUGACCCGCUGCCCUAUAUGCUUCUCAGUGCCGACAACUCCCUGUGUAGAAAUACUACGUUUGUGGAUAUCGACUACGAGAAGCUCAUGAUCAAUAAGAAAAUGGCCAUCCAGAAGACCGAUGAGAUAACGCAACUACUUGAGGAUGUAGAAUUCUUGCCAGACGACAGCGCUGUGCAGAUUCGCAGCAAGCAGUACCUAGCCGUCGGGUGCGAUUUGAAGAACCUUACUAAGUUGGACAACGUGCUUAAAGCAGAAGUCCUUCCUACCGAAUGCUCGGUCCUCUUCCUGGCCGAAGUAUCGUUGACGUACAUGGACGUCGAGUCCGCCAAUGCGGUUGUCAGUUGGGCUUCAAAGCUAAGCAAUGAUGGCCAGUUUUGUAUAUUAGAGCAAUUUUUCCCUGACGGGCCCGAUCAUCCUUUCGCUUCGACGAUGAUGAGACAUUUCAAGAAGCUUGGUGCUCCCCUAUACUCGAUCCAUGAAUAUCCCUCCCUGAACGAACAGGAACAGCGCUUCAAGAACGCUGGCUGGAAUCAUGCACAUGCUAGAAGUCUCUGGGACUUAUGGUCGGAUGAUGAUUUUGUGAACUGUUCGUUGAGAGCGUCACUUGAUUCCGUCGAACCUUUUGAUGAGUGGGAGGAAUUCGCACUUUUUGCGUCGCAUUAUUUCCUUCUUCACGCAUCCACUAGGUCUCGGGUACCAAGUAUCGCUGCAGAAACAUUACCCGAGCCUGAUACUCAGAUGGAUAGAUCUGCUCAUUUUAAGUUGCUUGCCAGAUGUCCCCCUGGAAGUGGCCAAAGACGGUUUGGGGCUAUUAUUCCUGACAGUUAUAAAACUGUCGGGUAUCACUCUGGACUCGGUCGCCAGACCCGUCUUUCAUCAACAGAACUAUACACGAAAUCAGAGGGUACCGCUGAAGCUCAUUAUGAACUUCCCCCUGGCGAUAUUCCUGCACGGAUGUGCCAUACAGUGACUGGGUUAAGCAACGAAGAUUGUCUUCUAGUUGGGGGCAGAGCUUCACCGGCAUCUGGGUUCAAGGAUUGCUGGCUGAGACAAGGAAACCAGUGGCGUCAAACCAAGAGCCUCCGAAUCCCCCGGUUCAGGCACAGCGCUGUCAAAGUUAGACUUGAUACUGAGUACGUCCUCGUGUAUGGGGGUAAGACUAGCGAUGGCACAACGCUUAAUACUUGGCUGGCAUGGAGUAGCAGGAAAGAAGACUGGCACGAAGUUGAGACCAACGAAGUCAACCUUAAGGCUCGAUUUGGGGCAUGCUUGGGAAGCAUAGACGGCACAUCUGGAGUCGUUUUUGGAGGAAUUGGAGCCGAGGGCAAAAUCUUGGAAGAUCUAUUCACAUGGAAAUUGCACCAGCGGACCGACGGGACUUUAUUUUUGGAGCUGACCGACCAGACGGAGAACUUGCGGAAAGUUUCGCCUUUGUUCAACUAUAUCCACCGAUUUGGAGCGACUCUCAGCCAAACGGCGUGGGGUCUAGUCAUUGUUGGUGGUAUCAUUUCUAGAGAAAUUAUUACAUACGACAAAGAAAUUAUGCUCCUCGAUUCGACAGAACUCAUCAGAUGCGCCACCAGCGGAUGGUCCUCAAACCACACGAUCUUAUCGACAUUAGGGCUUGGCAAAAGGCUCGAAGGACCGAGACCCUUACUGGUAGGCCAUGUCUCCUGCGCCACCGAUCCUAGAGAGGUCUUGAUAUUCGGUGGUGGAGCGGUUUGUUUCUCGUUUGGGACAUACUGGACCGAGGGUACAUGGCUCCUGCAAGACGUGAAUUCGACGAUUGAGAAUGGAUGGACUCUGGUCAACUUGCAGUUGGAAAAACCGACGUCGAAAACAUCAGCCCGAUCUCAGAACAAGACCUACGAGGCCGCUGAAGUGAUUACGCCAAUUCCUCGCGUACGUGUUCAGAAUCCCGCGCAAUUUCAAGAAAUAUUAGCUGAGGGCAGACCGGUGAUCAUUGAAGAAUCGGACAUUGGCCCAUGUACUGAACUCUGGACCAAAGAAUAUCUGACAAAAGCCGUUGGUGGUGAUCGUAAGAUCGUUGUACAUGAGGCGCAGUCGGAACAUAUGAGUUUCCAAACCAAAAAUUUCUCAUACAGAACUAAAGCGUUUGGCACCUUCAUGGACGAGGUGUUUACAGGCGAUCGCCAGUACCUUCGAAGCAUUUCUGCCGAACAGCCGACGAAGCUAUCAACUAACCUGGCGGUGGAUUUUCCAGAUUUGGGUAAUGAUUUUCGCCUGCCCGAGUCGCUCUCGGUGGUGACUGAUAAUGCCCACAGCUCACCGCUGAGGAUAUCAGGACCAGUCACGUUAUGGCUUCACUACGACGUAAUGGCGAAUGUCUUGUGUCAAAUCCGUGGCGGAAAGAGACUCAUUCUUUUCCCACCAUGUGAUGUGCAAUAUCUUCAUGUGCCUCCCGGGGCCUCGAGCUCUACGAUCAAUAUAUUUCAAAGUGACGGAUCGGUCGCCUCAAUUCCGCAUACAUCGCCACAAGAAGCGGUUUUGCAACCUGGCGAUAUCCUAUUCAUCCCCCCUCUGUGGCUGCACACAGCGUCUCCAACGGGUGAUGUCAGUGUCGCUGUCAACGUUUUCUUCCGCAGUUUGUCCAAAGGGUAUGCAGCUGGUCGGGAUGUUUACGGGAACCGUGAUCUGCAGGCCUACGAGAAGGCGAGGAGUGAUAUCCAGAAGAUGGCCAAGUCCUUCGAAGGGCUUCCACUUGAUAUUUCCCGCUUCUAUCUGCUGAGGCUUGCCCAAGAAUUAAAAGAGAAGGCGGAUAAAUAGGUUACUUUUCGUUGACGGGAAGCUGGAUAAGAUUUGUGGUUUCGCCUUUCAUACCCAAUCGCCUAGUAAGAAAGACUCAUAGAUGCGCCCUGCAAAGUGGCGUGGACCUCUCUUUUUAAUACACCCGGGCUCCACAGUUCGGCACUUAUGCAUUACUUCGUCAGAUGGAGAAGUUGGGAGAAACCUGGCCUCAGUCUGGUAAAACCAGCUUGUGCGACAGCCACUCUGGCAAUGCAAGCAAGCCACGGCGAACCUAACGAAGGGUGAUCGUCCUUUACACCGUAAUAUUGUGAACGGCCUAUCAGAUGAUUCUAAAAGCAGCUCGCUUCGAGAAAUGCAGAGAAGGAACUGGGAGUGCGGAUUCAGGCGUAGAAAAAGCAACUGGUUUGA